AUGCGAUUCAUUGACACAAUUUCACCCUAUGCAUUUGGGUUUCAUUCUCUCUUCCCAUCUAUUUCUUUGAGUUUGGGUCCCAUUCUCCCUCUGAUGUCCUUUUCUCUCUCUAAAUUCUAUGGAAUUCCUCCGGAGAGGCUAAGCCUAGAAGAUCCUGUUCUAAGGUACAAUAUGAGUUUGACAGAAGGCUUAGAGGAGGGUGCAAGCCUCCCAGAGCCUCCUGAUCACAAUAUUGUUGAAAUUGAUCCUACUAAUCGCUACAUUAGGUAUAAAGACGUUAUCGGUCAAGGAGCUUUCAAAACUGUUUACAAGGGAUUUGAUGAAAUUAAUGGACUUGAAGUUGCAUGGAGCCAAAUUCACAUCGAUGAGAUACUACAAUCACCUGGUGGCCCAGAUAGGUUGCACUCAGAAGUGCAUCUCUUGAAGUCACUACAGCACGAGAACAUCUUAACUUUCUAUAAUUCUUGGGUUGAUGACAAGCGUAGAACAAUGAACUUGAUUACUGAGUUAUUCACCUCAGGGAACCUCAGACAGUACAGUAAGAAACACAGGAAGGUUGACCUGAAGGCUGUUAAAGGAUGGGCAAGGCAAAUUUUAAAUGGUUUAAACUAUCUUCAUAGUCACAACCCACCUAUUAUGCAUAGGGACCUGAAGUGCGACAAUAUAUUUAUCAAUGGUCACCGAGGAGAAGUUAAAAUUGGAGAUCUAGGGUUGGCGACUAUAUUAAAACAAACUAAUGCCAAAAGUGUAAUUGGAACCCCGGAGUUCAUGGCACCAGAACUGUAUGAUGAACAUUAUAAUGAAUUAGUCGACAUAUAUUCUUUUGGUAUGUGCAUGCUUGAGUUGGUUACGUCCGAAUAUCCUUACAGUGAAUGCAGAAACUCAGCUCAAAUAUACAAGAAAGUUUCAUCUGGCAUAAAGCCUGUUGCUCUUUCUAAACUCAAAAAUGCAGAAGUAAAAUCAUUUAUUGAGAAAUGUCUUGUCCCAGCAUCCCAAAGAUUGUCAGCAAAAGAGCUUUUGAUGGACCAUUUUCUUAAAGUGACUAGUUCGUUGAAGAAUCGUCGUCUUCCAUUACCAGAUAUUGUUCUUCCUAAAUAUGGAGCCUUUGAAAAUCGUUGUCUUAUGUCAGAAGGUCCUGCUAGUACACGUAUUAGAUCCAUUUCAAUGGAUCUUGGUGAUGCCACUGAGCUACCAUUAACCACUUUACUUUAUAAUUCUAUUGAUUCUGCUGAUCCUAUUGAUGAUGUUUUGCCUUCCCCAUGUGUUGAGAUACGAAGGUUAAAGGAAGGUGACAUAUUUUUUCUAAAAGGUGAACAAAAUGAUGAAAAGUCUGUAUCAUUAGUCCUCCGAAUAGCUGAUCAAAGUGGGCGAGCGAGAAAUAUACAUUUCAUAUUCUACAUCAACAGUGAUACUGCCAUUUCAGUUUCAAGAGAAAUGGUUGAACAACUUGAACUGGCUGAGCAGAAUGUUAAAUUCAUAGCAGAGUUAAUCGAUCUAUUGUUGACAACUUUACUUCCUGAUUGGAAACCUUGUGUAGCAAUUGAUCAUUUAGUUUCUUGUAAUGGUAAAUUAACUCAUUCAAGUCAACAAAAAAACCCAGAGUUACCAAAAUACACGAAAAGCUCAAAAGAUUAUAUCCAAAUUGUGCCUCAUGAUGUAGGUCUCCCAGCUUCACGUGGAAGAUCAACAGAUAAGGAAUACAGUGACAAUGUGAUUGUUGACAAGGUUUUAACUCAUGCAAACACUAAACUUCAAGGAGAGGCAAAGACAGAUGACUUUUAUUGUGAGACCUCACACACUACUGCAACAUCUGACUUCAACUGUAAGCAUGCAUCUACUGCUUCGUUCAUGUCUGCUAAAUCAGGAUUUACAGAGUUUGACUUGCACAAAGUUAAUAGUCAAAGCUCACUUGCAUCUGAAUUUGAGGCUUCGUCUGAUUAUAAUAGGAGUUUUCCACGUGUGGAAAGCUCUGGUACGAUGAAAAUCUUUAAUUACCCUAAUAGUGCUCCCCACUCGAAUGAACCUGAGGAUGAGUUGAGAAUAGAGUUAGAGAUGAUUGAACACCAAUAUCAAGAAGCAAUUAAAGAUUUAUCAAAAAGAAGAUAUCAGGCCAUCCUUGAGACUAGGAGGAGGUUGUCACAAAAAAUUGCAAGCUUAAAAUAA